AUGUUUUCCACGACUCUUACCAUCUUCACUCUCUGCGCUGGCAUAUUCGCUCAGCAACCUGCACCAAUAAUAACAAACAAUCUCCCAGCAACUGGUUACUAUGCCUCUCUUACCUCAGGACCAGGUUCUAUCAAGGGCGAUAUCGUACUUGAGGCUGCCACAGAUGGUACCGGCAUGAAUGUGAAGAUUAGCUGGAAUGGCUUUGACCUAGCAGAUUCCACAGAAUACAUAUAUCACAUCCAUCAAUUCAAAGUCCCCGAAACUGGAAACUGCAACAGUACCGGUGCACACUUCGACCCCUAUGGCGUUGGUGAAGGACCCGAAGAUGUCUGCGAGGUCAGCAGGCCUGAAACAUGCCAGCUCGGCGAUCUGUCUGGCAAGCACGGAGCAAUAACGUUCAUGAACGACACAAACCCUUCACGCAGUCUGGAAUAUCUGGAAGAAUACCUUUCGACCGAUCCCAACGACACGGCAUUCUUUGGCAAUUUGAGCAUUGUUGUUCACAAGAAGAAUAACAAAUUCAGAUUGAACUGUGGCAACUUCGCUCCCCUUGCUGAUCGUGCAGCAGGCACAGGCACAUCUCCUACCUAUCCCAAUACCACGUCUACUGAUGUGGUGGCUACAAUGACCGUUACAGGGUCAGGGACGGGCGCAGCAGAUAGUACUUCCACAGCCGUUGUACCGGGUUCGACAACCAGAACGACAGGUGCGACAUCGUCAGGAGGGAGUGGAAUUCAGCAAAGCAGUGAAGCGGCUGUCCAGAACUUUGGCGGGCAUCUCAUGCUAUUGUUGAUCGGACUUGCGGGUGUCGUCUGUUUCAUUUAG